ACGGCCUCUGCUCUUCAGUCUCGAGCCAGCCACAUACAGAAGCACAAGCAAAAUCGAAUUCAUUCCACAGCAGCUUUCAACGCAUCUAGCCCCAGCAUCCAGGACCUUCAAAGAGCAGAAACGCAGUAGCCGAAGAGAGCGAGAUUGCCACCAUCUUGGAAAAUCCUGAACCAGUGUUUGAAUUGUGUGGAAAAGUGCUCGAUUUCGGUUCGGAUUACGGGAAAACGUUGGCCAGCGUCGCCGCCGCGUGGCCCUAAAGUGUCCGCGAGUGCCCGGAAAUGCCACGCCAACGUGGCGAUGGCCGUGUUUGAUGGACAUUUUCCACCACUUCGUCGCCCCUUCAGGAUGGAUUUCAGUAAAAAUGGAUGAAAAUCUGGUGCCAAGUGAAGAGGAGCCCACAUCACGCCCACGUGAAAAAACGCCCCAAGGAUAAGGCUCUAAUUUUCCCCAUCUAGCAAACUGAAACCAAAAAAGCAAAAACUAUGAAGCGAGGAUAUAAGAGAAGAUUCCUUCCGGAACUGCCGCUGGAAAUCGAAGAUCUGAACAACUGAACCCCCUUUGAAUAAGUAAAUCUGGUUGUGCGUGUGCAAAAGUGGGGGUGUAAAUCGCGUGUCCCGAAUGGUUCCGUCCUUUCGGGAGAAAAAGUGCUUUACAAAGUGUUUUUCGCGAAUCCGGUGGUGCUUCGAAUUGUGAAUCGCUUGUGAAAACAAAGUGUAACACGUCAGCAAGCAAGGGAAGAAAAAUUCGAGGAAGGAUUGCUAUUUCAAUCUCUGUAGAGUGACCAACCACCCCCGGAUUAAUCACGAAUCUGCCCACAUACGAGGGCGGACGUAGACGAGGCAGAAGACGACGACGAAGAAGAAGAAGUCGCACUUUCGGGUCCUUGUCAGGAGUUCCCGAGUCGCCGCCCACGGAAGCAUUGCGUUGAGUGAUCAUGAGCAGUAACACUGAUUGGGGGAAUGAUCUUAGCGAACGAAGCAGAAGAGCUGGAUUUACACGGAAUGUCUUUACUUCGGGACGGUUCUUCGGCGUGGUGGCCACAUUCUCGGCCCUCUUGGUGGUUGUCGGAGUUGUGGUCUGCGACGAAGACACGACCCCGCACCCACUGGACGACUACCGACGCUAUUCGCAGCCGAUCUCCUACCCCGGCGCGAACCAAUUCGUCGGAAUGCACAAACAGUACACGGCCGGCAAGGUGAAGUCCACCGAAAGCCGCCAAAAGCCCAAACCGAUCAUCAAACAGAAACAGAACUCACGACCGCAGCUGCCGGCGGGCAAACUUGUACUAGCUCCCCGGCAGCACUACCCGCCACCCUUCUCCAUCGGACAGGAAGUUCCGGACGUCCGGAGCCACCGGAAAGUGCCGAUCUACGUGCCGCCCGGAUACGGAACCAUCUACCAUGGAAUCCAUCGGGCCGCGGGAGGCGAGCGAACCGAUAUAGACCUUCGACAUCUGGGCCACAAUGGAGGCCUGGAGUUCCCCGGGGAUCGGAUCUUCGUUCCGGAUGGGGACCUCCUGGGUGAAGGCGGAGCAGGUAAUGGUGACAAUUCCCCCGGAGUGGAUAACUGCGACAUCAAGUGUGAACCGCGGGAGUUCAAGUGCGAAAAGAGUUGCGCCUGCAUCCACAUGGAUCUGCACUGCAACGGACAGGCGGACUGUAUCCUCUCGGAGGACGAGCAGGAUUGUGAAGCGAUGCAGCAGGAGCUGUUCAAGCAGCUGAAGGAGAGUUGCGAGGCGAGCGGAACGCACGUCAUCUGCGCCACGACGCAUACCUGCAUUUCGAAGGCCUGGCUGUGCGACGGGGACGAUGAUUGUGGGGAUUUCACAGAUGAGACGCACUGUAAGGACAGCCGGCACGAUUGCAGCCCGGGGAAGUUCAUGUGCCAGAACGAGCUGUGCGUGCCGAUGGAGUGGGUGUGCGACGGCGACGACGAUUGCAACGAUCAGUCGGACGAGCGGAACUGCACCAGACAAUGCACCCAGGACGAGUUCCGCUGCCGGGACGGCUCCUGCAUUUCGGCCUCGUUCGAGUGCGACGGCGAACCGGACUGCAUCGACGAGUCGGAUGAGAACGCGUGCGAUCGCCCAAUGCAGAUCUGCCCUGAGGGGGAGUUCAAGUGCAAGGGAACGCUCGGAGGUCUGGGCGGUCCCGGAGGUCGCUGCGUGUUGAAUCGGUUCCGGUGUGAUGGGGACAAUGACUGCGGUGAUUGGAGCGACGAGGAGGGUUGCCCCAAGAAGCAGGUCAUGUGCACGGCUAACGAGUUUAAGUGCGACGAUGGGGACUGUAUUCCGGUGCAGUGGCGCUGCGACGACAAGCAAGACUGCAACAACGGCGAGGACGAGAAGGGCUGCCCGGUGGAUAAGCUGGCCGGACGGACCUGCUCGCCGGAUGAGUUCACCUGCAAGGAUGGGCGAUGUAUUUUGCGCUCGUGGGUGUGUGAUGGAACCGCAGACUGCAAGCGAGGCGAAGACGAGCAGGACUGCGAGAUCAAGUGCGAAAUCAAUCAGUUCGCCUGUUCAUCCAGUAGCCGCAACAGCUCCAGCGAUCCACUCUGCAUCAACCAGAAGAACGUCUGCGAUGGGCAUAAGGACUGCGUCAACGGUGAGGACGAGCUGCGAUGUCCGAUCGUGCACCGCUGUGGUGCGCACAGUUCAUGCGAGCAGCAGUGCAUGACGGCCUACAGUGGACGCGAGGAGUGUAAAUGCCGAAUGGGAUUCCUGUUGCACGGAAAUGGAUACAACUGUACGGACAUUGACGAGUGUAAGAUCACCAGCAAUCCGGUUUGUUCGCAGGAGUGUAUCAAUACGAUGGGAAGCUACCGCUGUGACUGCAAGCCUGGUUAUGUUCUGAGGCCUGACAACAGAACCUGUAAGGCCGUUGGUGGAGCCGUCAAGCUUUUGAUGGCGAACCGAGCUGACAUCAGACAAGUCUCGCUCAGCAACAACCAGUACACCUCGAUCGUCAAAGGCCUGCCGAAUGCGAUCGCGCUGGAUUACCACUACAAGAAGGAUCUGCUGUUCUGGACCGAUGUAUCGAUCGACGUGAUCAAACGAUCGUACCUGAACGGAACUGGCGUGAAGGACGUCAUCAAGUGGGGCCUGGAAUCUCCCGGAGGUCUAGCCGUAGACUGGAUUCACGAUCUGCUGUUUUGGACCGAUUCGGGAACUCGCAGGGUAGAAGUAGCUACGUUUGAUGGAAAGCUUCGGGCGGUGAUCGCUGCCAACGAUCUGGACAAACCGCGAGCGAUCGCAGUGCAUCCAGGGCAAGCCAUCAUAUUCUGGACAGAUUGGGGCACGGUUCCCAAGAUCGAGAGAGCCUUCAUGGAUGGUUCCGUGAGACGCACCAUAGUUUCCGAGUCCAUCUUCUGGCCCAACGGCCUGGCGAUCGAUUACACAACGAACCGUAUUUACUGGGCUGACGCAAAGCACGUCAUCGAGAGUGCCGACUUUGACGGUAGAGGACGGAAGAAAAUUCUCAGCAACAACCUUCCCCACCCGUUCGCCAUGACGCUCUUCGAAGACUCCAUGUACUGGACAGAUUGGCACACGCGCACUGUAUCGUCAGCCAAUAAGGUCAACGGUCGCGGCUAUCGAAUAGUCCACGAAGGCUUGCACUUCCCCAUGGAUAUUCAAAGUUUCCAUCCAUCGCGUCAACCGGACUACCAGAACCAUUGCCCGCUGGACUCGAUGGGCCGUCGUGGUGGAUGUUCACACCUUUGUCUGCCCAACGGUAAUCACAGAAGAUGUGCUUGCCCGAUCGGUCUCUCGCUGAAGGGUGAUCAACGCACUUGCUCAAACGUCCCGGAUAAACUGCUACUGAUCGCUCGUAAGAAGGACAUCCGAGUGCGUCAGCUGGACUCGGAUGACCCAAGCAAGGGCGUCGACAUGGUUGUCCCCUUGGACGGUAUCAAGUCCAACGUAGCGAUCGAUUGGUGCAGUCAGACGAACGUGAUCUACUGGACGGACGUGGGCAAAAGCAUCAUUAGUCGGGCGUUCAUCAAUGGAAGUCAGCAGGAAGCGAUCAUCAAGUCGAACCUGAUCUCACCGGCUGGGCUGGCCCUGGAUUGGAUCACCGACAAGAUCUACUGGACCGAUGCGGGAACUAACAGGAUCGAGGUGGCCAGUACCGAUGGGAAGCAGCGGACCCUGCUGAUUUGGGAACGGCUGGACAAACCUCGGGAUAUCGUGGUACAUCCGAGCGAUGGCUACAUGUUCUGGUCAGAUUGGGGCUCGAAUCCACUGAUCGAGCGAGCCGGAAUGGACGGAAGCGGUCGUGUUACCUUGGUCUCGGAGAACCUCCAAUGGCCGAAUGGUUUGGCCCUGGAUACGGACAAUCAUCGACUGUACUUCGUCGACGGCGGUACAAAGCUGCUGGAGUUUGUGAACUUUGACGGAACAGGUCGCAAUCGGUUGAUCACGGAAGGGCUGAAGCAUCCGUUUGGGUUGGAUGUCUACGGUCAGAAGGUCUACUGGACGGAUUGGGAUACGCAUAGCAUUCAGGUGGCGAAUAAAUUGACUGGACAGAAUAAGACAGUUGUGUUGGCGAACAAUACGGAUCUGAUGGACAUCCGGGUCUUUCACCGAAAUCGGAAGGACGUGCGAAACCCAUGUAAGCCUCGCAACGGAGGUUGCUCGUACAUUUGUCUUCUGAGUCCAACAAGGUACACCUGCGCUUGCCCGAUCGGAAUCCAACUCAACGACGACGCCAAAACCUGCAAGGACGGACCGUCCAAGUAUCUGAUCUUCGCGCACCGUAGCGACAUACGGCAGGUCUCGCUGGACAGCGAUUACCAGAUCGACGUUGUGCUGCCGCUGCCGCCGAUAAGCAAUGCCGUCGCUCUGGACGUGGACACCGUCACCGGCGAUGUGUACUGGGCCGAUACGGUGGAGGACGUGAUCAUGCGAUCCUCCCCGAACGGAAUGCACGUCAAACAGGUGCUGAGCGAAAGUAUGGACAGCGUAGAUUCGCUGGUGAUCGAUUCCAUAGGUCGCAAGAUCUACUGGGCCGACUCGCACCGAUGCUCAAUCGAGGUCAGUGAACUAGACGGAAGCGUGAGGACGGUGCUGGUUUGGCACGACCUUGAUCAUCCACGGGGAAUCGCUCUGGAUUACGACAGCGGGUAUCUCUUCUGGUCCGAUUGGCGUAAGGAGCCGGUGAUCGAGAGGGCCGAUAUGGACGGUGAGCACAGGAAGCGGAUCGUGACGACGGAUCUGGGCUUCGUAAGUGGCCUCGCUGUGGACAGCGUUGAGAACCGCAUCUACUGGACGGAUUCGAAGGCCAAACGAAUCGAGUCGUGCGAUUUCAACGGUAACUCGAGGAAGAUCCUUCUGAACAACCUGUCGCAUCCGUACGCUUUGACGGUGACCACCAGCACGGUCUAUUGGACAGAUUGGGUAACCAAAGCUCUGCAUUCCGUGUCCAAGUUGAACACCAGCAAGGUUCGCAAGGUAGCAAAGGAUUUGGAAGAACUCAUGGACGUCAAGGUUGUUCUGGGGCCGAGCGAUAGCCAGGACGAUUUCUGCGGCAAGAACAACGGAGGCUGUUCACAUCUGUGUCUGAGGAAUCCCGGAGGAUACAGCUGCAAGUGCCCGACUGGACUGCUGAUGAGAGACGGUAGCAACAAGGAGUGUAGGACAAUCCCGGAUGAAUACUUACUGAUUGCCCUCCGCUCCGGCAUCGGUCGCAUCUCCCUAGACACCCAGGACAUGUUCGACGUGGUUCUGCCGAUCGAAGGUGUUCACGGCGUAGUUGCACUGGACUACCACUUCGAUCGGAUGUACAUCUUCUACGCGGACGUCAACGUGGAUGCCAUUCGUCGAGUCAGCAUCAACGACUUUUCCAACACCAAAGUCAUCGUCAGCAGUGGCCUCAGCACUCCAAAUGGCAUUGCAGUGGACUGGCUGGCCGAUAACCUGUACUGGACGGAUGCCGCGUUGAAGAAGAUCGAAGUGUCCCGAUUGGACGGAUCGUGUCGUAAAGCCGUACUAACCGGAGGCUUAGACGACCCGCGAUCGAUCAUCUUGUACCCGAAGCGUGGCUUCAUGUUCUGGACCGACUGGGGCCAGGCACCGAGAAUCGAACGAGCCUACAUGGACGGUUCGGAGCGGCGUAGCAUCAUCGAUUCGGAGCUCGGUUUCCCCACAGGCCUAGCGAUCGACUUUGCGAUGAAGAAACUGUACUGGGCCGACGCUCAGCAGGAUCGGAUCGAGAUGUGUGACUUUGACGGGAAACGCCGCACUCGGGUGAUCUCCCAGGCUGCACAUUCCUUCGGAUUCACGCUGACCGGUGGCUACAUGUACUGGACCGAUUGGCACAACAAGUCGGUCCAGAGAGCUCCGAAGCGGGUUGCCGCUCCCGUGGAAGAGGUUCGUUUCGGGCUUCGAGGUGCCCUGGAGAUUCGCUCGGUGUCCGGCAGUCGUCAACCGCACGAUUGGAACCCCUGCGGUCAGGACAAUGGAGGUUGCAGUCAUCUGUGUCUCUUUGCUGAGACACGCUACGUCUGCGGCUGUCCGGAUGUCCCAGACGAGAGACACUGCCGUCUGGAUCCGGCCUUCAACGUACCGAUCGUGCCAAACGAUGAGAUCACCUCCACAUCGGAACCCAAACCACCCGUGUCCAACGGAUCAACCAUGCUCAGCAAGAACCGAAUGCACGCCCAAUUGGUCAUUAUCGCCACGGCCAUCGUGGCCGGUUUGCUCAUUAUAGUAGUGAUCGCCAUCCUAGUGCUGAUUGUGAAUUCCAAACGGAAACAGAGUAGGAAAACGUCCCGCAGCGGAAGCGACGUGCUGACGUUCACCAAUCCGAACUACAACGGCGUCGACGGGCUGUGCCACCAUCAUCAUCCGGGCGAGGCGUCUUCGGCGGCGUCGUCGUCGUCGUCGGCGCGGAACACCAUCUGGAAGCGGCUCAAGUACGAUCGAGCGCAGGAACGAGUGUACGAGGAGAAGUACCUGGGCCUUCCGCACGGCACCGCCACCACAACGCUAAUUUCACCAGCUUCGUCGUCGCAGAUUUCUUCCGCAUCGGCAGUUCUUCCAGUAUAAAAACAGAAAACUCAAAUCAGAACCAGCAACGCUGACAUUUAAAAAAAACUAGAAGAGAAGAAACCAAAACAAAAAACGUGUCAAACACGUGGAACUGAUCUGCAUCUUACAACAGAACAAGACAAAACUCAAGCAACUGAUUCAAAUCAAUGAGACAUAUUCACAACUGAGAAAAUGAGAAGUUUAAAAAACAGAAAAUCAAGGCAGCUAACAUUAGAAUGAAACAAAAUGAUGAGAUAUUACACACUAAUAACUAGAAACUAACGAGAAACCUAAGGUUGAGAUCGUAUAUAUAAAUUGACACAAGUGUCAAGAAAAAAAAACUGAAAACAAAAUAACAACAGACAUCAAAAGCGUUGAACUAUUUUUAGUCACAUUUUGCUCCGAACUAUUAUGUAUUAUUUUUCGAUAUGGGAGCACUGGUAGACAUGACACAUGGCAUGACUUUCACGGUCUCUCAUUAUAGGUAAGUCCCAACAAGACGCAGGCAACGAAGCAGAAUUCAUCAAAGCUAUACAUAGUAGAAUUGAGCAGCUGUGUGUGUGAAGUAAUUUGAUUAAGACAGAAAAAAAACAACAUAGCAACAACAUUACCUAUAACUAUAGUGUGGUUAUGAAACUGGUUGUAACUUUUAUGAGCAGAAAUAGGAAUCUUAAAAAACACGAAAAUCUAAUCUCAACUCACAAACACACCGACAGACCGUAAAAUCAGAAGAUGAAAAAAUUUAGAACCUUAUGAAUCCGAUGGGUCGUUUGACAACCCCAUUCAAUUUGAUUUGUCACCGCCUCCUAUUCAUCCUGCAGAUGUUCCAACCGUUGAUCCAUACACCCACAGAAACCACACGAUUGCUACGAUCGUGUGUGCAAUAGCAACUCCUCUCUGUAAUUAAGAUUUAAGACAAAGCAGAAAACAGACGUUUCAAAAUAAAAUGCUAACAAAAAUACAGAACAAAACACACGGAAAAAAAAGAUAAGUGAAUAUAUAUGAAUAUAUGAAUGUUUUAUAUAUUUCUAGUUUUUUAUACAUAUCCUGUGCAAACACUACUGAACGAGAGAGGGGCGAGAGAUGAUUUGACAAGAGAGGGGGAGAAGGGGGACGAACGCGCUGUUGAAUUGAGAAGAUAUAUGUAUCUGUACAGAGUACCGGAUUUUUGUACUUUUUAAUUUGUAUAGAACGGGAGGGGGGAUUUCGAUUUCUUUUGGGUUCCAUUGUGGAAGCGGGGGAUUAAAAAUUUGAAACAAAAUGGCUGUGUGUGACGUUUGAGCGCGAAUGGUUCUUUUUUGUUUUCGUUUGAGGCGAGGGUGGGGUAUUUGCCCCUUUUGUUUGUGCCAGCGUCGACGAUCGAGUGGUGAGAGAGGAGAUUUGGGUGAGAUGAGAGGACCUGACGCGGUAUCGCUCCAGCUCCGCUGCCAGGGUCAGGGUUGUGUCGCUGAAACUGACAGCUGUCACAUUUUAAUGAACUUUAUUGAAGUAUUGACAUUACGAUUAUUCGAGUAAGAGAGGUUUUGCACAUAAGAGGUACUUUAUAGGUAACAAUCGAUGCCAAGAUCAAAUCUCGGUGUUGUGUAAAUAUAGGCAUCUAACGAUACAAGGGAUGGUAUAAAACAGAACGGUUAUGUUUACUUAUUGAAACCGGGUUACUAUUUGUUGGUAAACGAAGGAAUUUAACAGCAGCCUUGUUUACGGUGUUCUAUUUAUCGCAUUUUGUUUGACAGCACAUUGAAACAGGAUAGCAGGUUUGUUUCGAACAGUAACAUCAAAUUCUUAAGCAAGAUACAGCGCAGUUAUUAGGAUUAAUUAGAUGGGAUUACACAGUAAACUCAAAAAAAAGUUAAUGUAAAUAUGAAUACUUUCCUACAGUUGCAGUGAACAACUCAUUGAAUCGAUUGUAAGAAGAAAAACUGAAAUCUACACACAUACACGCAUCUCUAACUCUCUAGUGUUAAGUGGAAUGGAAAGAGAAUGAGAAAACAAGUGAAACUUUGUGCCAAAAAAACUAGCCCGGAAGAUGGCAACACGGCGCCAAAAGUCAACUUGCGCCGCCGCCGCCCAGCAGGCGUUGAUCUCCAGAACAGCGCCCGUUGACGACGGUUGUCAGGGUUGCGCUCCCGUUGGCCCGCUGUUCGCCACUCUUCCGGCAUGACAGGAGAAACACUGUAAAAUAAAACUGUCUGCUCACUAAAUUAAUAAAAAAAGAGAAAAACUUUAAAAUUAGAAGAAGUUUUUUAAAAAACAAAACGAAUAUUUUCCACUAAAAGGAUAAAAGACUGAUUUGAUUCUUUGAGUUCUUACGGUCCAUCGCAUUCAAUUGUUGUUGGGUCAUACGUUUUUGUGAUAGGAAUCUGAUGUGUCAAAUUCGAAGUUUGGAAUUUGCGUUGAAUCUCUUUUGUUUUGACCUUGAUAUAACUUUAUUUAUGGAAACAAUCCGUUCCGCUGUAUGAAGCAGCGACUGCGACUGCGAUCUGCUGACAAUGAAGCAUUUCGCGAAACGGAAUCCGCUCAAAGUUUGCACGUCACUGUCAAAACUGACGUUUAAACGAUCAAAACGAUAAGUUUUCCUAGAAUGCAUUUGUUCGUCGUUGAAAUUUCACCUCUGUUAUUAUUUAAAAUGGAGUUUUUGAUAUAAAAGCAUGGGUGGAAGAAUAUAAAUAAAUUUGCUCAUAUAUCACUGUAUAAAUUUGACAAUAUAACGAUCAAAUACUGCUAACAGCUACGACGAGGCGCGCCAUGUCGUAACCGCGUACACACGAAAUGGUGGCGGUCUUUCGGGUUUUUCUUGUGACAACCUAAGGCUCAUUCAUCGAUUAAACUGGGUUCAAGACUGAGACUGAGUUUAAUCAACCAAACCAAACGGCCAUAGCUUCUCCACCCGAAAGCCACAGUAGGCGGAUUUGAAAUGUCAAAAAACUGGUAGGCUUUGCGCGGUUGGCAUGGCAACGCUGCGUCGCGUACAACAACAACAAACAAAUUACACGCCGAGAAAAUCUGCACUGAAAAGUGAGCGAUUCGGCAAGUGACAGCUGGAACACACAAAUCCAAAACUAACCAAAAAGAACAAACGUUUUGCGUUGAACAUUAUUCUCCGAAUCUGGACACUCCAAAUGCGCGUUUUAGUGCACUUGGACAAAGCACACGCUUGAUUUCGAUUGAUUAUCGACACGUUUUCUCGUUUUGGAGUUUUCCGUUUUAGACACUCACACACAAACACAAAAAAGCAUACAGCCGAAAACCCAAGCAAGUACUAGGUUUUAGGGAAUAUAGUGGGAAAACGCGGCACUUGCCUGGUAGUAGACCGAGCGUGGGGGAAUUCAACGGGAAGAUGAGCUAUUUACACUAAACGCAGUGCAAAAAGGAAUACAAAACAGGGGGCAAGCGCGCGACGAAGAGGAAUCUCGUCAGUGCAAAACAAACACACACGUUGUUAAGCGAAAUUGUUUAUCUAAUUGAGUUAUAGAGGAAUGUGAUUAAACGAGAGAAAAAAAAACACGUCAAGUACACUCACACAAACAGAAACUUUAUUUUUUAUAUGAAAAGAAAACGAGAAAAAGAUGUGGGAAUACACUCUCAAAGCAUUUUAAGUGAAUUCACAAAAAUGAGGAAAAAUAACGAAGGAAGUAUGAAGAAAUAUUCAAAAGUGUAACUAAUUUUUACUAAAGAAAGAAAAAGAAAAGAGUAGCAAUUAAGAAACCAACGCACCCAACCCGGAAGUUUCCAUCGAAAGAUUCCAGUCAAAAACACAUUUUGCCUCCACAUUGCUAGGGAAUCGUACCAUAACGGAAACUUCCGAUAAGAAAAUUCUUCCUAGAAAUCUACAUUUUUUGCCUUCCGUUACCAUUGAAUCAAAAUGGUUGGGCGCGUGCCAGUCAAUUCAGUCCUUCGUACACACGCCUGCUCUCAAAAUGCGUCUGCAAGCAAAUCGACGGCGGUUUGUGUGCGAGACACUGAAACGAAACAUCACACAAUUCACUUGAAGAAAAAUUGAACAACUAUUUCGUUUCACUCUUUUUGAUAAAUUGAAGAAUCCGAGAACUACUCAAAAAUGGGAAAAUAAUACGUAUUCAAUGCGAAUAUGAAAAUGCAGAAGAAAAUAAAAACUUUAACGCAGGAGAUGGAGACGAAAAAAAUCAAAGAACAGUUUAAACAAACCUAAUAAAGAGAGAAAAAACACAAACACCCAUUGACACGAAACCAAAAUGCUGUGAGGAAUUUAAUGAUGAAAACUAACUUUAAAGAAGAAAAAUAAUAUGAAGCAAAACAAAGAGAGCAACACAAACUAGUUGAAAACAGAAAGGUGCGAAGCACCCGAAACAACCGAAAUGGCAUAAAUGCCAACUAGGGGAAACAUGCAACAUUUUCGGAAAGUGUGCAAGACAAAGGCAGCAGAAACGGGGGUGGGAAAGAAUGACGAAGCGUCAGAAGUGCGAAGCGGAAACCCGAAAGCAGUUGAGCAGUUAGUCCUGUGAACAAAAAAGAAAA